CUCAAUUCCAUCUGACGACGAUGCAGCAGAUCUCUAUUCACGAGCUCUCUUUAUUUAAGGGGGCUUCGUGCGCUGCCAUGGUAAGGAUGAGUUCAUUGAUGGAUUGUUUUGUUCUAAGCCCCUCAUCCCUCCUUCCUUCCUUUAUGCGCAGGUAAAGAAGAUUCACCACCACAGCCGCAACGCCCCGAAACACCAUUCCUUUGAACCCCGAGUCUUUCAUCUUUCUUGUUUCUACUAGAAUCCCUCUUACGGACUCAAUUAUCCUUUCUGGCGCUGGAUCGCAAUCCACUUUCUUGUCCUCUGCAAGAUUAACAACCUCGAGUUCGAACAUCCACAGCACCCAGUCCAUCCCUAAUACCCCUCGUUAUUACAAGUCAAGUCUCCCAGGCAUAUUCAGACCGCGAAGUGCAGUCAAACCUUCCUCCGACCUAAGAUAAGAUGGGACUCAUCCGCGGCUGCGAGAUGACCAUGGCACACAUCGCCCUCACCGUCUUCCGCUUCAUCCAGAUGAUCUUCGCGCUCACAGUCUGCGGCCUCUACGGAGUGGACCUCCACGCCGCGCACAAAGAGCACAAAUACAGCGAUGCGAAAUGGGUCUACGCCGAGGUCGUCGCCUCACUCAGUGCCGUCACCGCCUUACUAUAUAUGAUUCCAAUCGUCGCGCGAGUGCCGUUCCUGUUCGUCUGGGAUGCGCUGCUCUUCAUACUUUGGAUCGCGCUCUUCGGCCUGUUUGGCAAGAUGUACAUCCAUGCGGACGCGCAGGGCGAUGGCGGCAUCAUACGCAUGAAGCAUGCCGUUUGGAUUGAUUUGGUAAACGCGCUAUUCUGGCUGGUCAGCGCUGGAGGCAUGGCGAUCUACGGAUCCAGGCUGAGAGCCAGGAAGAACGUGGGGAAGUCGACGGUAUAGGUGUGCUUGGGAGGAGGUCGACUCGGUGAUAGAUUGGACAGGUCGCGGGCGGGCGAGACAUUGCGGAUGGGUCAUUGGCCUGGGGAUUAUGAACAGGCGCGCUCUCAUUCUCGUUCGAUACCCCUUGUACAGUAUGUAUGCUUGUAGUAGAAUUUCUUAUACGCCGGCG